AUGAAGAAGAACGCGCUCAUAAAUCAUAUAUACUUUCUGCUAAAACUGAUAAUAGGUUUUUAAUUUUUAUCGGGCAAUUUAUUAAAUACAAGAGACCGACCGAAGUUUCGGUUUCGGAUUCGGUGUCGGCCAAGUUUCGGCCAAAUAACCGGUUUCGGUCGAAGUUCCGGUUUCGGCAGCAAAUUGACCGAAACUUUCGGCUUGGCCGAAACAUACGAUCGUAAGGUCUCGGGAUAUGUCCGGUUGUAGUCGGGCGAUCGCUUCGUGUCCGUACGCGUUUCAUCACGUCACUUGAUCUUCGCCGACAAGCUGGUCACGCAUUUAUUACAUUUAUUAGGUAGUGUGCGUAUUAAAUAUAGAUAGAAAUGUCUCAAAGAGAAAGAUAUCCUAUUUUUUAAAAGAGCACAAAUGAUUUAUCUAAGGCAGUUUGCAAAAUCUGCAAAAAGUCGCUCUCAUUAGGAAGUCAAGAACCCAAAAAACAAACACUAUAUGGAGUGAAGCAGCAUUUAAGUAAGUUCCAUGGCACAGAACACAGACAAGUUUUAAACCGGCAGUCUGAAUUAGAG